AUGGCGUCAGGAGCACCGGAGCGGAGUGCAGGCGGUGUGCCGCUGCACGUCGAGCCGAUGCAGCAAAGCACCAGCGUUGGAGCUGAAAAUAACGAUGCGCUUAGUGAGCUGGGCGAAGAGGAGGAAAUUUACGAAAGCGAGACGCCGUCCGAGAGCGGGACAGAGGGCCUGACGUGGAUCUCGUGGUUCUGCUCGCUGGCAGGGCACCAGUACUUUGCCGAGGUUGCAGAGGACUUUAUUGAAGACGAUUUUAAUCUCACCGGCCUCAAUUUUCUGGUGCCCUUCUACAAAGAGGCGCUCGAAAUGAUCCUCGAUAUCGAGCCGCAAGAGGACUCGCUCAAGAUUCCGGACGUGUCGAUCGUGGAAUCGUCCGCGGAGCUGCUCUAUGGACUGAUCCAUCAGCGCUAUAUCAUCACCCGGCAAGGAAUGCAGCAAAUGGUCGACAAGUUCGAAGAGGGGCACUUUGGCGUCUGCCCCCGCGUCUUUUGCAACUCGCAGCUGGUCCUGCCUUGUGGCCGCUCUGAUCUGCCGGGCCUCGACACGGUCAAGCUCUUUUGCCCCAACUGCCUUGAUACCUACAUUCCCCCAAGCAGCCGCUUCCACGGCAUUGACGGCGCCUUCUUUGGCACGACCUUUCCCCACCUGCUCCUACAGUGCUACCGCGAUCUGGCCCCUUCGAUCAUUGCACCCGCCACAACCUCUGUCUCGAGCACGCCGCAAGAGGACAGUUCCCCUGCAAAAGAUGCGCCGAUGGACGUGUCGCCGGACGCUUCGACACAGCCCACAGCCAAGGCCAGCGCACUGACGCCGGCACGCCUCGGGCGAAAAACGCCGCAUACCGGGAUCUACAUUCCGCGCAUCUAUGGCUUCCGCGUCAGCGAAUUCGCGACCAGCGGGCCGCGCAUGCAGUGGAUGCGGCUCCGGCCGCACGCCCUCGCUGAGCUCGAACCGAGGUAG